AUGACGGAAGACAUCAUUGUGACAUUUAUUAUUCCCAAGAACGUUAAAAACGAAAAUGACUGCAGCGAAGAAAUGAAACUUGCUUAUACUGCUUGUGAACAACACUCUGGAGGAGGUAUACAAGCUCAGUUUGUACAUGAAACGAAAUGGAAAAAAUUCGAUGGCCUCACUAAAAAAGAUGUAUUUGUACUGUCAGAGUUUUCUGGAGAGCUAUUUGAGAGACUUAGGCUAACAAAGUGUUUGUUAGUUGGUCCCCGCUGUUUAUCAUGCUGCCUUACAGAAGGAAGUCCUAUACCCUCUGGACCAGAUCCAGUUUACACAAUAGCUAUGAGAGGUCUUGUUAUAACUGCAAGUGGUUUGUUUAAACAACAGAAGAAAGUUCAAUGGAUGGGUGGUAUUUAUAGCACAGUAUUGACAGAAGAGACCACUCACUUAGUGUCUGAUACUGUGCUCUCUGAGAAAUAUAUUAAAUCUGUAGAAAAGGGUAUACCAGUUAUGAGUGAAUCAUGGGUUGAGGCAGUCUGGGAAUCAUCACUUACCCAAAAUAUUAAUGGAUCCUCAAGUGAAUUUGAUUUUCAUCGUCUUCCACCUUUUAUUAACCUGCAAGUAACUACAUCAGGGAUAACAAAACGAGAAAAGCUAACCAUUGUAAAGUUGGUAAAUGAGCAUGGAGGAACUUUUUCUGGUGCUUUUCAAAGUGAAAGUACAGAUGUAGUUGUACUUACAAAGGAAGGUGUUGGAAGUGAAAAGUAUAAAGCGGCGUUGGAAUAUGGCAAGGCUUGUGUACUUCCUGCCUGGGUGAUUGACUCGGCGGCUAAAGGCGUUGCUUUACCACUGCACAAGUACAAAGUUACUGGAGCCUCCACUUCUUCACCCCUAGCUGAGCAUCGCUUGCCAGAUAUGAGUUUAAACUUCUCUCGGAUAACGAACCUUAGACCACCAAGUAACUUUGUGGAUGAGAGUAGAGCAGUUGAUAUAACUCUGUCUAGUAGAAUGAAGUUAUCGCAAGAACAAAAAAAGAAUGACACAUCUAUGGACAAGGACCUGGUAGAAGCGUAUGAGAAGUUUGAUAUGAGAACCAUCAAAAAGGCAGGACCGAUAUUUGAUGGCUUUUGUAUUUGGCUAGUGGGCCUCGAAGGUGUAUGCCGUGAACGUGCCACGGCAUGUGUCUCUCGGUGCGGUGGUGUUCGCUAUGACUCCCCGCACGAGCGCGUAACACACUCUGUGGCCGGCUCGCUGGCAGCAGCAGCAAGUGCAAAUGCAGCUCUGCCAACUGUUCCCGUACUUAGUGCUAGAUGGCUGUUGGCCUCUGUGGAGGCUGGGAGGGCUCUAGAUGAAUCCGAGUUUCUAAUGAAUACCAAAGCCCCAACACCCAAAAAGUCUCGCAAGGCAGCUGUUGAACCUGCUUCGCCGAUGAGCAAACGAAACCUUCAGCUGCUACACGAACCUUUAAAUUUGCCUCCACCAGAACCAGAACCGGAACCAGACCCAAUGCACGAUGAUCUCGUCAAUCAUUAUUUAAGUCAAAAUGUACCAGAGCCGAAAGAGAAAACACCUGAACCAGCCGUAGAAGUACCUGUGCCGGAAAUCACCGAAGAUAUGGGAGAUGAUCCUACUGAAGAGAUUGAACAGAUUUUUAGAGGAUUAAAAAUCGAAGUGCAAGGCUUAGAAGACGAUGCCAUUAGCGAGAUAGGCGCAGAGAUAUCGGCUGCAGGUGGGUUGCUCGUAGCUCGCGGUGGAGGGGACGAAGGAGCCUAUCGCCUCGUCCCACUCGAUUGGGACUGCGACGAACGCAACGUGGAGUACAUCACAGUAUUUUGGAUAAAAGAUUGUUUGUGUCAACAAGAGUUAGUACCGUUGCAAUACUAUCAUCGUCCAGUGUCCAUCCCGAGUAAUUCAGGCGGUGGUCCACUAGAGGGCGUUGUGGCCAGUCUUAGUACAUACAGUGGGCUCGAGAGGGCGUUUCUCGACGAAGUCGCAAAACUACUUGGUGCAACUACUCAACUGCGUUUCUGUCGCCGAAAUACGGCAAAUGCGCAAGCGUCGACCCAUCUGAUAUGUCCAACUCCAACCGGAGACAAGUAUUUGGGUGCAUUGAAGUGGGGUCUACCAGCAGUAACCGCGGAUUGGUUGUUGGCUUGUCUAGCUGAAGGAAAAAGGGUCAGCGAGAAACCUUAUCUCAUUGGAGAUACCAAAGCUCCGCCAACGCCAGAAAAGUCAGACUUAACAGAAAAUGAAGAAGAAAGUGAGAUUGAUGUACAAGAAGUAAUGCAGGGGGAAAGGGACAAAGAGAAUGAGAUGUUACCCCCAGCUGAUAGUGUUGUCCCCAGAAGAGGUUCUACACAAAGAGAUGAGACUCCCAAAACUAAACCAAAUGAUGGUGAGGACAUGUCCCCCGCAUCUCGGUAUAUCGCGAUGGCUCGCCAAGGUCUACUUGGCUGUGACUCUCAAGAGACACCAAAACGACAAGAAUUGCAGGAUCAAGAUGAAAAAGAAUGUGCAGUACGAACGCCACCCUUAGACGACGCUUUGUCAACUCCAAACCUCGCGAACCUAAGCCCCACGACACGACGUCGUCUUCAGGCCGUGAGACGCGGUGAGAUGCCUUCGGACCCAGUUAAGACCCCGGCGGAUCCUUUUGCGAGGAAUAUAGCAACACCUGACAGUGGGUUUGGUGCCGCACUAAGACCUGGAUCUGGUCGGCUUUCUCCUGAGAAUAGAAAACGCCUCUGGAAGAUAGUUAACGAUUUGCCAUCCAAACAAGAUGUACAAACUACAGACCGACAGCAAACUCCACUAUCAGAAAUACGCAACCGUUUCCUGGCGCAGUUUAACGGAAAUACUUCAACGCCACCAUCGGAUCAUACUGCUACAGUACCUAGGAAGUUACAUUUGCAAGAUGAAGUAGAGACACCGCCGCCAAAAAUGGCCAAGAUCGCACUUCAUCAGAGUGCUGGUUCCGCCAAUGUCACUUCGGAUUCCAACGGCAGCGGUAGCAGUAAAAAAAGUAUUCCGGCAGCAGUGGAUGCUCAGCUGCAGCGAUUGAGUGCAGCGCUUAGUAAUCGUCUAAGCUCGCAACGAUCUAAAAGGUCAAGGGAUUCCGUGAGCCUUGCUGCACCUCCAGCUGCAGAAAUAGAAGCUGGACCCGAGUCCCAACCAAAUACAGUCGGUUGGGAUGACACAACACCACAGCCGGCGGCGAAGCCAACACCUGAAAUUAAACGUUUCAUGCUUUCUUCGAAUGUCGACAACCGCGAAGAGAUAACAGAGAUGAUAGUUCAUUUGGGAGGGGAAAUCUGCGAGGGCGCCGAACUGGAUCCGCGCGCCACUCACCUCCUUUGUUCGUUGCCUGGCCGAAGCGAGAAAAUGCUAUGCUCUGUGGCCGGUGGCAAGUGGGUGUUGCAUCCCGCGUAUGUGGCGCGAAGCAGGGCAGCUGGCAAGUUCCUUUCGGAAGAGGAUUUUGAAUGGGGAAACCCUCUAGCGCAGUGCUUGCCAACACUAAGUGGUGCGGAACAAAAUUUAGCUCGUGCAGCGUAUCGGUGGCGCAGUGCACUCAGCAGGGGUUCCCCAGGACCAUUUCAUGGGAUUGUGGGUCUACUUCACGUGCCGGCGGCGAGGAGGAGACUCUUAGCUAGAUUGUUGGAGGCUGGAGGGGGCGUAGCACCGGAUGCAGAACCACCAUAUACUGAAGAAAAUAUAACAGUGUGCUUUGCGGAUAUAAAACGUUAUCCGCUAUCUGAACGAGAUUCAAAGUGGUUGGUAUCGCGACGGAUACCAGUCUGCGCCCCGGUUCUUCUUAGCUCUUUCUUGACAGAAGAGAACCCACCAGACCCCAAAGAACACUGUCUUCCAGAAUUUAGACUGAGUUAG